AUGAGCCACACAACGUUAACGGAGACCGACUACGAAAUGCCGCUUCCAGACGAAAAGGUUGAGCUCUACAACCCUGACAGCGCAGCGAUGCUGGGCGAGUCACGAUGCAGCAUGUCCCCACUUGACCCACCGGCGCACGACUACGACAAGUUGCGUUACGUGUACGACGACUACAUCGAAGGAGGUGCGCUUCGAAGCGGAGGAGCGCCGAACCUGUUCUCGCGUCAGUACAUUGGACUCGUCGCGCAGUACGCCGCCGUUGGAUUCAUUGAUGGCGUGCUGCCCAAUGUCAUUUAUCCGUUUCUGCAGAACUACCUCAACAUUCCGGGUUCACAAACUACAACGGCGUCCGUGAUGGUACAGCUCCCUUGGAGUUUCAAGGUUUUCUACGGCAUCGUGUCUGACUGUUUCCCGCUUUGGGGAUACCGUCGUCGGCCGUAUAUGGUCAUGGGCUGGAUCGUCACGUUGGCUAUGCUUGUGGAAAUGGCCGUGACGCCCGAAGGUCGACCUUAUUUUACGGAUACCGCUUACCGCGAUGUCAAGCCGGAGGACUACACACCUGAAAUCAUCGAAACGAUCAACUACGACGCUGCCAACCAGGGCAGCUUGUACAUCAUUCCGAUGAUGGGCUGUGUCUUCGGCUAUUUGAUGGCCGAUGUGUGUGCCGACGGUAUCGUGGUGGAGUUGGCGCAACGCGAGCCGCUCGAGAUUCGAGGACGGACCCAGACGGUGAUUUACACGACUCGCUACGUGUUCAACAUCUUCGCUCUUAUCCUGGUGGCUUUUUGUUUCAACGGUGACGAGUAUGGGGGUGACUUUGACUUCUCACUAUCGUUCCCCAUGCUAAUGUUGAUCGUGGGCAUCGUGCUCGUGCCGAUGGUUCCGGCUACGUGGUUCUUCAUCUACGAGGAAAAGCGCCCCGAGUAUCACAAGAACUUUAAGCACUACAUGUGCGAGCUCUGGGAUAUCGUGCAGACUCGAGCUGUGUACCAGUACAUCGCCUACCAGACCAUUUCGGGUAUCUUUGCCAUGUUCACGUGGGUCUCCGCCUUACCCAUUCAGACGAACUGGGUCAAUGUUUCUCCGCUCGCAGAGAAAAUCGCCGGGUUCUUUACCACAGGCGUGUUUGCCAUGUCGGUCUGGUUCGCUGGUAACUACGGUCGUGACUGGGACUGGCGUCGCACAACGGUGGUGACCAUGGUUUGGAACUUGUCACUCGACGCAGUGGUGAAGCUUUUGACAAUCUGGGAUAUCAACCGAUCGCCUUGGUUCUGGCUUGGUAUCCCCGUUCUGCAGCAAGUUCCUCAGGGAAUCAUCUACAUUGUGGGGUCUUUCAUCAUCGUGGAACUCUCCUCGGAAGGACACGAGGGUGCCAUGUACGGCCUUCUCACAACGGUCUACAACCUGUGCACUCCGUUCUCUGCUGCCAUCACCCGUAACGUCGACAGCAUGUGGGACUUGUCGACCGAGCGGAUCCAGAACGACAGCCAUGGAGUGAGGCAAGAUGUGACCUACACAGUGUUGAUCAUGUACGCCUUCAACAUGUUCUCGCUCGUGUUCCUGGUGAUGCUCCCGCGGCAAAAGGAGCAGACCCAGGUCAUGAAACGUCUUGGCGGCUCAAGCUACGUAAUGGGAGUCAUCACAGUGGUGUAUCUAAUAUUUGCUCUCGUGUGGUCCGUCAUGACCAACAUCAUGAGCAUCUACGAUUCCACCGCAUGUCUAGUCAUCGCUGGUGGCGAGGGAUGCUAA